AUGUUCAACACUAUCCUACAAACAACACCACGGCUUUACAGUCACUUGGCUACCAGCCGAAUGAUCUUGCAUGAACUCCAGACUCGGUCCAGUACCGCACGAACUGUGGGACUACACAAUCGUCGCCUCAACAAUGUCACCCAGGCACUCUCAAACCCUAUCCAAUCAGCGCAAGAGAUCCUUGAGUCCUCCAUAAACUGCAACCAGAGCAGAUUCGGCAGCCCCCACCAAGACAACCCAUUCCAAGGCUUCAUACGGGGUCCAAGGAAAACCAAGGGGGUUUACAGAUAUGAAGCGCCGAAUAGAAAACAACAAGUAACAUCUCCGACCACCCUCAAGUCAUACCUAUCAUCCUUCGGCACUUUCAGGGGUCUCUUCACGCAUGUCGUUGAGAUUCUGGACAACCCGAGAGAAUACACAAUCAACCGGUGGACAGAUCGGGGGGAGAAGAUCGAAAGGCUACCAGAAGACCAUGGCGAGAUUGUGGAACGUCUUCAGGCUGUCGAAAGGCAUCAUUUUCACUCUUAUAUGGCAUACUGCGUUGUGAGUGGGGUUGUGCUCGCGACUGCUCUUUCGCUUCUUGUGGCGUUUGCUGCCAGCGAGAUCAGAGAUAGAAGAAGCAGUGGAGGUGGACCUAAGCAAAAGACGGAGAAGCUCUCUACCGAGCAUUAA